CGCAUGAUUCCCGAACGACACGUCGUCGUCGUCGUCGUCGCUCCGCCGUCGUCGAUCGGUUCGCUGGUCCGUCCCCCCACACAGGAACUCGUCGCCGUCGUCGUCGUCAUCGUCGAACCGGUGAUGGCCGCGGCGCGCUCCACUGACACAGUGGUGCUACCGUCGACGACCGUCGCUCCUUGA